UUGGCUCCAUUAAACAGUAACAUGUUUUCAGCUGUGCAGCAUUCUCAACAGGCCUUUUUGGACUCCAGCUCCAGAUUAAGCUAAGGAGGGUCCGUUGGUCUGCCGACUGCUAAGCGGACUCUUGGCGUUAGCCACUGAUCCAGUGUGGGCUCAACUGCAAGGACUUCACUUGUUUUGAUCUCUGCGACGCGCGAAAACCUGCACAGCUGCAGCAAUGACGACCUUUGAUGACCUGCUGGAGGAGGCCGGGAAAUUCGGCCGCUGCCAGAAGCGCGUCUUCGCCCUGCUGUGCCUGGUGUCAUUGCCUUUUGCAGGGGUGUACGUCGGCAUCGUCUUCCAGGGUUUCACCCCGGAUCACUGGUGCCGGGACCCCGCCGUGGUGCAGAGGAGGCAGGCGUGCGACUGGAGCCCGGCGGCGAGUCGCAGGCUGACGGUGCCUCAGGUCAACCGCUCCGGGGUGCUGCAGCAGAGCAGCUGUGAGCAGUACGAGGUGGACUGGAACGCCACGGCGCUCGCCUGUGACACGCAGGCGCUGGACCUCAGCGAGAUCCCAGUAACCGCUUGCAAGAAUGGCUGGGAGUACCAGUAUGAAGGCAGGAAGUCCUUUGUCACAGAGUUUAACUUGGUGUGUUCAGAUGGAUGGUUUGUGGACAUGAACCAGUCUGCUCUCAAUUUGGGCUUCUUCAUUGGCAGCUUUGCUUUUGGUUUCUUUGCUGACAGGUUUGGCCGCAAAAUGAGUUUCCUGAUGUCCAACGCACUGAAUGCGAUCGCAGGGAUCGCCGUAGCUUUUGCUCCGAACUACAUCUCCAUCCUGGUUUUGAGGUCCAUCUUAGGCUUCGGCGCGAAAGGAGGCUGGAUGUCCUCAUAUGUGCUGCUCACAGAGAUAGUUGGAGUGCAGUACAGACGGACGGUGGGUAUUUUGUUCCAGAUGUUCUUCAGUGUGGGCGUCCUCGUCCUCCCUCUGCUGGCCUACUUCAUCCCUGACUGGCGCUGGCUGCAGGUCGUCAUCAGCGUCCCUUACGUCUUCUUCUUGUUCUACUACUGGUUUAUCCCGGAGUCUCCGAGGUGGCUCAUCUCUCAGAACCAGUCCGCCAAAGCUCUGGAGGUCACUGAAGCUAUGGCCAAAGAGAACAAGAGGAAAAUCAAGGACUCGGCGUUGUUUCAGACUCUGACUGAUGAGGAGGGCGACUCUUCCUCUGCCUCCCUGUUGGACCUGAUCAGAACUCCAAACAUGAGAAAACACACUUUCAUCCUCAUGUUCAACUGGUUCACCACCGCUGUGGUGUACCAAGGCCUCAUCAUGCGGGUGGGGAUCACAGGAAUAAACGUCUACAUCAACUUCUUCAUCUCCGGACUGGUGGAGUUCCCGGCUGCCUUCCUCAUCCUCUUCACCAUCGAACGGGUCGGCCGGCGCAUUCCCUUCGCCGCCGCCAACAUGGUUGCUGGCGCCGCCUGCUUCAUCACCGCCUUCAUGCCCGACAGCAUGAUCUGGUUUAAGACGGUGGUGGCCUGCAUCGGUCGGCUGGGCAUCACCAUGGCCUUCGAGAUGGUGGUGUUUGUCAACACCGAGCUCUACCCGACGCACAUCAGGAACCUGGGCGUGUCAGUUUGUUCCACUCUGUGUGACGUGGGCGGCAUGGUAUCUCCCUUCCUGCUCUACAGACUAGCGGCCAUCUGGCUGGAGCUGCCCCUCCUCGUCUUCGGGGUGGUUGCGUUCAUAGCUGGAGGUUUGGUGUUGUUCCUUCCAGAAACCAGAGGAGUUCCUCUACCUGAGACCAUUGAUGAUGUUGAGUUUCCUAACAGGAAAAAAGAGAGUAGAGUGGAGAAACAACAAAUUAAGGAACCUUUGAAAAUGGACCUGACAAACAACAAAGAAGAAACAAACGUGUGACUGACAUGUGCAACUGUGUAAUGAUGCUUGUUGACUUCCUCAC